AUGAAGUCGGGGGGCCCCCCUGGGGGGCCCCAGGGGGCGACGCUCACCCCAGAAAGUGCUGCUGCGGACAGCAGCAGCGACCGACGCGUAGCAGCAGCAGCAGCAGCUGCUGCUGCUGCUGCUGCAGCAGAAGAAAAGGGCUUCGGCAGACUCCAGCUGCAGCAGGAGACUUACACCAGGGCCAAAGCUCCCUGCAGAAGCCCCAAGAGAAGAAAACUCGCCCCCCCAGAGAAGAAACAGCUCCAGUGCGCCCCUAGAUCUCCUUGGGGGCCCCUUGGGGGGCCCCCCAGUUCUGGGGAGGGGCCCCUCUCAGUUAAAAGCUGCCCGCUCUCCUCGGGCAACUGUGAGCAGCAGCAGCAGCAGCAGCAACAGCAGCAGCAGCAGCAGCAGCAGCAACAGCAGCAGCAGCAGCAGCAACAGCAGCAGCAGCAGCAGCAACAGCAGCAGCAGCAACAGCAGCAGCAGCAGCAGCAGCAGCAGCAGGGGCCCGAAGAAGGGCUGCCUUGGGGGCCCCUUUCGCCUGCGUGCGGCUCUACGGCGGCUGCUGCUGCUGCUGCUAAGGCCACAUUGGCGGGGCCGCCAGUCGCCCCAGAGCAGCAGCAGCAGCAGCAGCAGCAGCAGCAGGAGCUGUCUGUGGAGAGCCUGCUGCUGCCGUACUACCGGCGGUGCCUGCAGCUGCUGCUGUCGAGUCUGCUGGGCUGCGUGUCUUCGCUGGCGUACAGCGAAGCAGCAGUUGCUGAGAGAGAAGAAGCAAUUUGCUGCUGCCUUGCUGCUGCUGCUUCUCCAGCUGUUUCGCUCCCCGCGCUGCAGAUCCUCAUUUCUUGCUUCACCCAAUGUGUGAAGACUUUGGCAGCUCCUGCGGAGUUGGAGGCGCAGCAGCAGCAGCAGCUCGUGGAGGACGUGCUGCAGCUCGCCCGCGGCCUGCAGCAGGCUGCUGCUGCUGCAGCAGGCAGCAGCAGCAGCAGCAGGCAGCAGCAGCAGCCCAAAGCAGCACCUAAGGAGACAGACACGCAAAGCGAGAGGGAAGAGGACUUGUGCCCUUGCUCGUGUCUCUCUAGUGGCAACUGA